CGACGCGGCGUUCGGCGGCUCGACGGCGCCGCGCGCGCCCGCUGGAGGGGGCAGAGGCGGGGAGGACGAACUCGGAGCCGUCAGUGCGCCACGUGCUGCCGUCGUGGGAGGGUCUUUAUUUUUGCUCCGUUCCACCGCUGUCUACGAAUUCCCUCUAAAAUAUAUUACGGAACUGUGCCAAUCCGGUCGAUUCGCACUCCCAUCGUGUUAUAUAUUAUUUUGAAAUUUUUAUCCGAUACCGUUUAUUAUACGUUGCCGGGGGUGAAAUUUCGUAAAACGUAGUUCUUCAAAUAUAUAGAAAUACUUUGUUAAAUCGAGGGUGCUGUGUAUAUUUAUUAUAUAUUUGUCCGAUGGCUGUCUGCCUUUAACGAACGCAGAAGAGAGAGAACCCCUUCGUUCUCGAACAAGUGAUUUAAAGAUUAAAGAAUUUCGAAAGGAGGAGAGACCAGAAGAGUUUUCUUCUUUCUCUCUUUUAUUUCUUGACUAGUGGUGUGGUGUCAUUGAUCGUUGGUCUGGUUGGUGUCGAGAGGAUUAGACGUGAGAGGAUGACGUGCUGACAUGGUGUCACGCGUGUACUUCAUAUGCUCGUGGCAUCGACGUCGACGUCGAGUUUUCGCUGCUCGCAAGCCGAGCAUCCUACUUCUUGACACAGUAUCGUCGACAAGGUGCCUGCAAGACUGACGCAACCUGCUCGGUGGAACCACUACUUCGCGGGACUCUUCGUAAUAUUGUCGAAGGACGAAGUUGCUCCUCUUCAACGGCCAGUCUCAAGAGUGUCUCGUAUAACUAUAGUAAUUAUGUAUUUACUUGACGUCUUUGAGAAAGAGAGGGACGGGGAGUGGUUUCAUCCGACUUCGAUUCUAAAGGUAAGUAGUGGUCUCCGAUCGUUUGCAAAGCGAGCGGCCCGAAGCCGCCGCACCGGACGGAAGAUAUGCGAAGCAAGCAACAGCCGAGGCCUUCCUUCCGGUGGCCGCAGCAGCGCGGCGAUAAUCUAACCGGGGAGGACGGCGUCGAAGGCUCAGGGCCUGGCACGGACCUCCAGGGCGAAGAGGGCGAUUGCGUCGACGAGGAUGGCCCCGUCAGCCCUAGCGAGAGAGGUUGCGCACCUGCGGCCAAAGAAGACGAAGAUGGCGAGGCGAGCGACGAGGAGGAUGACGAGGAAGCAUCGCCUCCCACGCCACCACCCGCUUCUGCUUCUGCGAGAUUGAACCCUACCAUCUUGAGGGAUACCGGACCACCUGACAGGGAACAAAUGAGUCCACGCUGUCCCUCGAGAGAUUCUCGGGAAUCCUCCGGUCCGGCGACCGGAAGUCCCCCACCCUUAGCGACGAGGAGCAGCGCGAGUCCAGUUAGUCCGAGUAGUAUCGUGCCUCUACCCCUUGGGACUCAUCCUCUCCUUCCACCGCAUUCGGCGGCAAUGAUGGCAGCGUAUCUUCAACAGACACAUCAACGACUCCUCCUCGGACAUUCGCCUUUAUCGCGAGGCUCGGUAUCGCCGUUGGUAUCGUCCUCUUGUUCGCCACCAGCUGCGACUCCGGGUCUCUUGGUUUCGCCGAGCAGCGUCGGUGAGGUAUCACCCUCGGCAACCCCAUUGCCAGCCGUUCUGGACUUCAGCACGAGAAAAGCUUCUUCGACGGAAGAGGAGGAGGAAGAGCAUAUUCUGAACCUCAGUAAACCGCCAACGCCGUCCUCUUCGACGGAGACGAACAACGGUCCGUUGGAUCUGUCGGUACCUAGCAGAAAACGACCAGGUCCCGAGGAUUCCUCGCCCCCACCACCGCGUAAAUCCUCGAGAUUGGCCGGUACCGCUCCCACGAGUCAUCAAGAUGCAACGGCAGCCAGCUCACCGUCCACGUUCGGUAGGCCACCGGUAGUGUCACCGUGGACGUCACCAGUCGUGGCCUCGCACUUUCCGUACUUUGCCGCAGCCGUAGCGGCGGCGGCUACUAGUCAGCAACAAUUGUCCCCGAAAAGUACUGGCGGCGUGGUAGAUCAUCAUCAGCUUUGGAACGGCAAAAUGAAGCCACCAGCCGCGCUCGAGAAAUCGUAUCAGCCUAGCGAAGCGACGAAGGCCCUGGAAAAAAUGAGCGAGCUGAGCAAACUAGGUGGCGAGGAUCUUUUCAGGUCGUCCUCCUGCAGCGGCAGCAGCGGUGGCACGUCCGUAGGCAGCACGCCGUCCACGACGUCGAGUAGUCGUCACAGUGCUUGGCAAUCUCAUUGGCUGAACAAAGGAGCGGAUCAGGCCAAAGAUGUUCUCAAAUGCGUAUGGUGCAAACAAAGCUUCCCGACGCUUGCCGCUAUGACAACGCACAUGAAGGAAGCGAAGCAUUGCGGCGUUAAUAUGCCCGUACCACCUCCAGCCGCAGCUUUGCAUCCCCAACAAACGACGAUGCCAACGAUACCGCCGCCGCAACAAUCGCACCAGCCGCAAACUUCGACAAGCAACGCCGGUAGCAACAACUCCGCCGCUCCAAGUAACAAACAAAGUCCAUCGGAGUUGAACCUUCUCAUAAAGGAAACCAUGCCAUUGCCGAGAAAGCUGGUCAGAGGUCAAGACGUUUGGCUGGGGAAAGGUGCUGAACAAACCAGGCAGAUUCUCAAGUGUAUGUGGUGCGGCCAGAGCUUCCGUUCCCUCGCAGAAAUGACCUCGCACAUGCAGCAAACGCAGCAUUAUACCAACAUUAUCUCCCAAGAGCAAAUCAUUUCUUGGAAGUCUUCCGACGAGAGCAAAGGCGGUGGUGGCGGCAGCGGUAGCAGCGGAGGUGGAGUCGGAAGCGGAGGAAAUACGGGUGGAGUACCGCCCGGUGCCGGAACCGGUCCACACGGAGGUAACGCCGGUGGUGGUCCCGGGGCCGGAGCAACCAGCAGUCACGUCAGCGCCGUACUAACUUGCAAAGUUUGCGAUCAGGCCUUUAGUUCUUUGAAGGAGUUGAGCAAUCAUAUGGUCAAGAAUUCGCACUAUAAAGAGCACAUUAUGCGCUCGAUCACCGAGAGCGGCGGUCGCCGGAGACAAACGCGCGAGAAGCGGAAAAAAUCAUUGCCGGUGAGGAAGCUAUUGGAGUUGGAACGCGCGCAAAACGAGUUUAAGAACGGCGACGCUGCGACCGGUCUGAGUCACAGCCUUGGAAAGCACGCCGGUAGGAUCACCUGCGAGAAAUGCGGCGAGAAGAUCGAGACAACCAUUUUCGUCGAGCAUAUACGUCAGUGCAUAGGAGCCGGAACGGUCGGCGUGAAUCAACGAAACUUCUUGAAGAACGCACUCAUGUCGAAUCAUCUGCCAGCGACUUUGCCGCCGAGCGAAAGCGGCCGUAAAAGCGUGAACGAGGAUGCCUCGUCGGUAUCGUCGAGGCACCACCGAUCGCCUUCUUCGGCUAGCGACGCUACCACGCCAGGUAAGGACACUCCAACGCCGACAGCGAACGAAACAACCGGCACGUCCUCGCCUUCUGUCUUGAACGCCAUCGAGAAGCUGAUCGAGAAGAGCUUCGAUUCUCGUGUGAGACACGGCACGGCAGGUUUGCAUCACGCUCAACCAGGCGCACCUAUGGGCACCAGCAUUCUCAAGAGAUUGGGCAUAGACGAGAGCGUUGAUUAUACGAAGCCUCUAGUGGAUCCGCAAACGAUGAAUCUUCUUCGAUCUUAUCAGCAACAGCAGCAACAACACUACAAUGCGAGCGCAGCCGCGAGGAGAGAGCGAAGCGGCAGCGAGUCCAGUUCCAUAUCCGAGAGAGGAAGCGGUAGGACGGACACGAUGACGCCGGAAAGACGUAUGGAUCUCACAACUGUUGGCCACGAGAGGCAUUCUAGCGCCCAUUCUCAUCACCAUCGUGUCACUCCGGAUAAACAAGCCACGACGCCAUUACCGGCCCGUCAUCAUCUCGGUACGGAAGAGUCCGGCGACGAGGAACCUAGCUCGGUGGUUGUUAAGAAGGAACCCAGGGACGAAGAAACGGACGAAAGAGGAACGACCGAGGAAGAACAACAAGCGCAAUCGUCGAGAGAGGUAUUCGUUAAGAAGGAAGUCGUGGACGAUUGUAGAGAGGAGGAAGAACAAGGUUCGUAUAAUCAUCGGCGAAGCAGCCUUCACGAGACGACCGAAGAAGGUAGAGAAGUUCCGUCGCCUCGCAUGAAUCCACCAACGCCUAGAUCGACCAGCCAAGUCGAGCAAGUGGCUCGUAGUCCUUGCAGAAACAGUACAAGCAGUCCUACUAGCAGCGAUAGAUCGGUCACCCCCAGAGGAACGCCAGACACGAAAGCUUCCAGCAGCCUCGGUGCGCUCUCUUCCAUGUUCGAUAGUCUAUCCGGUGGCGGUGGAGGAGGUACUGGUAAUACCGUUGACUCGCAAGGACGAAAGACGAGCAGUCAUCCGCUCGCGGCUCUACAAAAACUCUGUGACAAGACCGAAACACGCGGUCCCAGUGGCAGCGGCGCGUCUAGGUCUACUUCUGGUUCCGGUAGUACGAUCGCACCUGGAAGCGGUAGUGCGGUAGGUGCCAGUGGACCAGGAACUGGACCCACACCAGGAGCGAUUUUAGCCUUCAGUUGGGCCUGUAACGACGCCGUUGUCACGGCAGACUCGAUCAUGAAGUGCGCCUUCUGCGACACACCGUUCAUCUCCAAAGGGGCCUAUAGGCAUCAUCUUUCGAAGAUGCAUUUCGUGAAGGACGGGGUCAUCCCAGAUCCAUUGACAAUCGGAAGAUCGGCAGCAGCGGCCGCGGCAGCCGCAGCCGCUGCGGCAUCGCAAGCGACUUCCGGUGGCCCGAGUCACAGUUCCUCGUCUCCACCUACGUCCCAACGCAACAAGUCGCCGCCUCUUCCGCAAGCGAACGGCAGCCCAUCCCAGUCCGCGGCCUCUCCGCUCGAGGAGAGCCCACACUCCAAGUUUCUCAAGUAUACGGAGCUGGCCAAACAGUUGUCCAGCAAAUACGUAUAGUCCGAGCUCCGUAAGUAGCGGUGCCACUUGUACAUAAGUGUAUCUAUACUGUAACGACUGUAACUAGCGAUGUGGUUGGAAAUUUCGCCGCGCGGACGUCCUGCGCCAAUGGCAUUUUACUUCGCUUUCAAAUUUAUGUUCAAAGAGCGCCAGAUCGUUAGUGGGAAAGUAGCGAUUCGAUCGAUACCGUUCGCGAUAAGACGAAUCGGGGAAAAAACUCGUUAAUCUUAAACCCAAUAGAGUUUUUACAAUUUCACAUAUUGAUCUUAAUCGUUCGAUGAUAUUACAAAUUAUAUUAACUUUCCUCGUCGGAGAAUUCAAAACUAGUACUUCUUAAAAGUCCAAGAUCGAUAUCAGCUACUUAGAUUUGUCAGGGAAGGAAGGAAGAAGGGUAGGAAGGGAGGAAUGAAGAAAAAAAAAAGAAAAAAAAAAGAAAAAAAAAGAAAAAAAAAAGAAAAAAGAAGAGAAGAGUAGAAGAAAUACGAAGAGAUGUGCCAUGCAUCUCCAGCUCGAUCGUGAAUGGCUCUCGUUAUCGAACGCGGUAUUUGUCGCUCGGAAUAUGGUGCUCUUUUAACAUAGAAUUGUUAGUUCACGGGGAAGAUGUCGAUUUCGACGACAAGAACGGCAGGCUUCGUUCGGACGUCGUUGGAGGAAAGUUUAACAGGCGACGCGGAUAUCUAUCCUUUUCUAAUUAUUCGGCGAUCGUUUUGGGCCAUCAUCGAGGACAAAAAUCUUGUCAUUCCUGGGGCUAUCGGCACGAUCGAUCGUGCUUGGCCCUUCAUCGAGAAAUCUCCGCACGGAAUGUGAUGGAGUGUUUCGAGUUCCGUUUCGCGAUAGAAGCCCUACCGUUACAAACGCAUUAAUUCUUCCGUUACAUUCGUUAUUACCUUUUCGAAACGCGAGAAACGUCAGUGGUACGCAUCCUGCAAAACGAUCUACAUAUUUCUCUUCCUUUCUUCUUCUUUUUUUUUUUUUUUUUGAUUCUCUCAAACGUGAUCAAAGUUAUAGAAAUAUUUUCAAUUCGACAUAUAUAUACGUAAAUUAAAUAGGAAAAUGGCGUUUGAAUAUGAAAUUCGAUGUAAAUGAUCAAGGACGAUACCACUAAGACUUUCUCUGGCGUACGUUCAACGAUUCUUCUUAUCAUUUUUUUUUUUUCGUUCUCUUUUCUUUUUCGUUCUUUUUUCUCUCUCUUUUUUUCUCUUCUCUUUUCUUUUCGUUUCAAUUUCGCUCAUCUUCCUUCUCGAAGUCUUUAGCGCAAACGAAGAAGAAGAAAAAGAAGAAGAAUAAGAAGACGAAGAAGAAGACGAAGAAGAAGAGGAAGAAGAAGAAGAAGAAGUAGAAGAAGAAGAAGAAGAAGAAGAAGAAGAUGAUGAUGAAGGAGACGAAAAAAAGCAAAAAAAAAAAAUGAAAAAACGAAAGAAACUCGACACUGUAUCCGUUACCGUCAAUAAUAAUUUUCUUUUCUUUUCUUGUUCUUUUCUUCCUUUUUUCGUUUCGUUUAUUUUUUCUGUUCUUUCUUUUUUUCUUGUUUCCUUUCUUUUUACUUAGGGAAUGUUAGAGAGGGUGUGACGAUGAAGUGGGUGUUGAACGAGCGUUAAUUAAAUUGUGAUGCCACCAUAUCUCGCGGCACUGCUGAGUCACGGGGCUCGGCACGCGGCCAAGUUUGUGAUUUUAUAAAUACUUAAGGACAUUUACGACGAGAGAGACAAGAGAGAGAGAGAGAGAGAGAGAGAGAGAGAGAGAGAGAGAGAGA